AUGUCCGACCCUCAAGACAUCCAAGGCAUCUACCGAAUCUUCUACCAGGGAGGUGCUCUGGCGGGCAAGAGGACCAACUAUCCUCUCACCGUCGAAGCGCCCAACAAUCCAGAGUACGAAGAUUGGAUCGUUGAAAACCUGCACGAACAUGGUCAUGUGAUUCGCCAGAGAACUUCGUAUGAGAUGGGCCUCACCCAUCCGCACAACGUCUUUCCCGGCUGCCCUGUUCUGCUGAACGAUAGUGUCAUGCCGGUCAGGUUCGAACCUGCUGGUCAACCUAAUCAUUUCAUCAUCCAUCCCGGAAUUGACACGCCUGGCCACGAAGACCUAGCCAUGGCGACGGCUCCAGCCGUCGACGACGCUCCCAAAGUCUCGUGGCAGCCGAACGAUCAUGCCUCCGUCUGGCGUUUCGAGAAGAUCGAAUAG